AUGGCAAAAGUUAUCCGAAUCAAGAUGCACGGCAAGAAGAUCAAUUUCGUGCCGUCUCAAAAAAUUCUCGCCAAGAGCACACUAAAAGCUGCCUUCCUGCUUGCCGAGGAGGCAAUUGUUUCUCUUUCGUAUGAAAUGUGUGAAGAGGAGAUCCAUUGUGAAAUGAACGAGGAGGGAACGGCCUUUAUACUUCCUGAGAACUACUUAAAUCUCCAGUUCAAUGUGGAAUCCGAUAGAGCUCCUUCUCGACCAUCAACUCCUGAUGAUGCGGAAGAACCUACAUCUAAGAAGCGGCGAAGGAUUGACAUGGACAUGGAACCUUUGUCGAUUGAUGGAGAUAUCGUAUUUCUUAUAAGCCAAUACGCUUGGUUCUAUUCGAAAGGAGACAAUCUGAAACGAUCUGCUAUCCCUAUCACUCGAUUUCUUGCAAUUACUUACCGCCACGGGGGGAAUAAGCAUUUAGCGAACGGCGAUUGUGUUAGACUUACAUCAUAUCAAAACCAGGCAGUGAUAGUUGAUUCGUAUGUUGUACUGGUUGAUGAUUCCCUCGAUUUAAUAGUUAUGCAAUCUAAAUCCACCGAGCUAUGCAAUCGCGAUUUGAUAUUGGAAGCACCCGAACUGAGGAGAGGAAUGCCAUACUAUUUGAUGGGUUACUCGGUAAUACAUGGAAGAACGUCACAUAUCUCAUUCUCCGCGGGAAUUAUAUCCAGCGAUAUCACAUCGAGAUUGCGUUUUUUGGGCUCCAGUGGAGCAUUCGUGGGAGACAGUGGAGGAAGCUGCUGGAGCGAUGAUGGAAGGCUAAUUGGGAUGCAGGUCAGUCCUGGGCGAGAUGGGCUUUAUUCCAAAAUGCUGGGUGCGGGAUGUGGGAUCAACUUAUUUUCGCGGAAUGCGAGAUUUCACAAAAACUCAAACCCAAAAUUGCAGGUUGAGACUGAGACUGUUCCUCAUACAACUGACCAUAAUGGACGACCGGCAUCUCCGGCAACGGGUGGUCGAUGUGGAAUAAUCCCGAUCAAAAACAUACAAGCUUUAAUACUAUAUCAGAAGAUAAUCCAUCAAUUGCUUGGACAACUUUCCAGAACUCGAGAAACCGUUGCUGAUGAGGCAGCUGUAGAGAACAAUAUUCUGAUAAUAAGAAACCACAUUGAGCAACUUUUGGAAAAACGAUUCUCCUUUCUUUCAGUUUUGGCAUCCCCGGAACUUGGAGAUGAUGAGUUUGAAGACGAGUGGAAUGUUCUUGUUUGGGGUCUUCUGGUAUGCAUUGUUCGUUUACCACAGACAAUCGAAAAAGAUUCUACAACGGAAAGUUUGAACCUAUACUUGAUUCGCCUGAUCAAUAUGGCUCGCCCUCUACGGCUUCCAAAAGUGUCUGUUGAGAGAGAACAAUGGUGGAAUCAGUUUUUCGAUCAAUUCAACAACCUCUUGCAUUUUUUGCACGGAUUGCUCUCCCAGUUGCAAAAUCCAAAUUGCAAUGUUGAAAUCAAGAUGAGAGCAUUUUUCACGAGACAGCUCCAACCAUGUUUGGCAGCAUUUCGCCGAGGAUGUGUUGAAAAUUCCCCUUUACUUCAUACGGAACUCAGAAGAGUUCAAGUUGAAAAUUUGUCAAAUCAUGGAAAACUGCUAGAAGAUGACUUACGAGAAAUCAAAAAGUACUACUCAAGUCUUCGAUUUGAAUGUCAAAGUUCUUCCACGAAUAUGUAUGCUACGCCAGAUACUUUAUGGCAGCUAUUGCAAGAAGUAAUGAUGACUUAUGAGCAAGUUAUGAAUGAUGCUUUGAUGUGUAAUGAGCCCAGUGGCUCACCAAUAAUGGUGACAAAUAACCUUUUUACGUUCACAUGCUACUCUUUGAAUAAGGUAAGGAAGCGAGAAGGGCUCAUUUUAUAUAUCCUAUUACAAAUUUUUCAGACUCUCUUCUACAACUCAUUCGAUAUUCAAAUCGUCAGUGAAGAGACAGCAGCGGCAAUUCAAAAUGAGAUAAUUCAAUGUAGAAUGGGAUCAAGUUCUCCAAAAGAACCAAAAUUAUUUCCAUCUGCUGCUUUGAUUGCAAUGAAGCCAACAACUGGAGUGAAAAGGAACAAUGCAACUGCAAAUCAAAAAGGAACCGGAGGAAAUAAUGCACACAAGAAAUCAGAUGUUAAUAGUCAGGAAUUUGUUACAAUUCCUGCGUUGUUCAGUGGGCCAGACCGAGCCUUUCAAACUACUUAUCCCCAUUUAUUAUGCACAACCAAACAAAAAGAUGCCGUUCUUCUGGACACAAAAUCUGGUGCAACUGGAAAACGGCCUCUGUUCUAUUUCUACAUUCGUGCUAAAACUUGGUCUCCAUCUGGUGAUGAUUUCUAUGUGCGAACAUUAUCACUUCCAUUUACAAUCAGUACAAGAAGAAAUCAAGAUUGUCAAGUACAAAGAAUGAAUUCAUCGUAUACGGCAACUUGUUUUUGGAUGUACGGAACAUGCUCCUUCAAUGGAUUACUUCUGAACUGGAAUGAAAAUCCAUUGACAUGGACCCAAUUUAAAGAACUCACACGUCGGUACUUCAUGGUCAACGGAGAAGUCAAACGUACAAUGGAGGAAUCUGAUUAUGCCCUAUUGGAAGACAAAAUGCAUUGUGAACAGUGUGGAGACGAUACCGAUGACCAACAUGGAGAAAACUGCAUUAGUUUCAAGAAUAUUCUCUGUUCCCAUUUGAGAUUCGACACUGACACCGUCCAAAUGCGAUUCAGUGUUUGGAGGGGAAUUCUCGAAGUUCUUCAGAUAUUUCAAGAUCCAAAAGCAGCUGUCAAAACUCUUUGGGAAAACUAUUUGAUGCAUGGAUUCUUGGAUACACAAGCAGUUAUGAACUUGUUGAUACCCCGCCACAACUGCAUGGUCAUCAGAUUGACCUACAUUCUGGGCGGAAGUGUUUGUGUGAGCUACCGUACCCUGCGCGGAGAAAUCGUUCAUCUAGAGCCAUUGGAAUUGAAGAAGCUUCAGGCGAAAAGCAUUUUGGAGUACAUUUCGGAUAUUGCAGAAACAGCCAAAAUUGACUAUCUUCUCACAUACAAUUUGGAUUACAUGCCAGUCUCCAGUGUUAUCGAAAAGUACUUCAAAGUGAAUGAUGUGAAAAGAGUCAGAGGAGUUUCUUCUAAUAUAACGGAUAAAGGACCAUUGAAUCAUGUUACUCAUGUCAAAUUCACACCUCUCCGUGUAGCAGUUGUUGCUUGUCGGGAACACACUCCUCGUCCAUCACCACGUCCUUCUGAAUCUCAUGAUAUUCCGUCAUCAUCUUCAUCUGAAUCUCACUAUCUGUUCAAUGUUCCGAGUCUUCCGCAGAGAUAUGAGCAUCAUCAUAAUCAGAAUCAUGAUCCGAUGACUUCAUUGUCUCAUAUGAUGCCUUCGUCUUCAUCCACGACGUCGCCUAUCAAUACAACGCCGACAAUGAUGCCUCCGUUACCAAUGAAUCAAUCGUUUGAAAUGCAAUUGGAAGCUUUGAUGAAACAAUACGGGAAGACUCCGCAAGAGGUAAAACGAGAAUUGUUAAAUGUGAAUUUCGGAUCAUAUUCUCAGGUGGUUGAAACUGUAUCUUUCGCUGCGAGAACCAGUCACCAUCACCUCGAAAUGCUCCCACCACACAAUCCGAACCUUCGUUCUGCUUCUUCUCUUGUUCCUGAUCACAAUGCUAGUUUCGAGGAGUUCAUGGAUGAUCUGACCAACAGCUCAAAUGACGAUUAUAUUCCAUCCCUCGACUUCUCACAUACUAAUCACUCUCUUCGCGUUUAG